GCGUAAAUUGGAGGGAUUUUUUAUUAUUAUUAUCAUUAUUAACAUUAUUGGGCUUUUUUUUGCGCGCUGGUGUCGUCCCAGCAACUGCGGUGCGACCGUUUGGGAAGAAAACUAACUGGGGAUUUGGAAGAAACGACCGAUUGUGUGUGUCUUUUUUUUUUUUUUUUUCCUUUUCUCUUACCCGGUUUUGUUCAAGGAGAGUGACUUGAGAUAGUGCGUCUCCAUUGAAGUGUUGGUGACUGGGAGUUGCCGUCGCGGAGAAAUGCGAAAGGAUGCUUGGAAGCAGUGAGGGCUACAGCAGGUAACCGAUAAGAUGGCGGCCAGGGAAGCGACUGGGCACAGCUACCUGGUGGCUUGCUGGCAGCCCAUCCUAAUCCUGAUGCUGGGCACUGUGUUGUCUGGAUCCACCACAGGCUGCCCAUCCCGCUGCGAGUGCAAUGUUCAAGAGCGAUCCGUGAUGUGCCACCGCAAGAAGCUCAUGACAGUCCCAGAGGGCAUUCCUGCAGAAACACGACUGCUGGAUCUCAGCAAGAACCGCAUUAGAACCAUAAACCCAGAUGAGUUUGCCAUCUUUCCCAACCUUGAACACCUGGAGCUGAGUGAAAACACAAUCUCUACCAUCGAACCCGGGGCAUUUAACAACUUGUACGGCUUGCGGACACUGGGACUCCGGAGCAACAAGCUGAAGCUGAUCCAGCUUGGUGUAUUUACAGGCCUAAGCAAUCUCACUCAACUGGACAUAAGUGAGAACAAGAUUGUCAUCCUGUUGGACUACAUGUUCCAGGAUUUGUACAACCUUCGGUCCUUAGAGGUUGGUGAUAAUGAUCUGGUUUUCAUCUCCCACCGGGCUUUCCAUGGUCUAAGUAGCCUUGAGCACCUGAGUCUUGAAAAGUGCAACUUGUCCUCCGUUCCGACAGAGGCUUUUACCCACCUCCACAGUUUGAUCACUCUCAGGCUGCGCCACCUUAAUAUCAACGUCAUACGGGAUUACUCCUUCAAACGCCUCUAUCGGCUCAAAGUCUUGGAAAUAGCAAAUUGGCCAUAUCUGGAUACGAUGACUCCAAAUUGUUUGUAUGGAUUAAAUCUCACCUCCUUGACCAUCGCAAAUGCAAACCUGACCACGAUUCCUUACGUAGCCCUGCGACACUUGGUCUACCUGCGCUUUCUUAACCUUUCUUAUAACCCAAUACAUACCAUUGAGGGAAAUAAACUCCACGAUCUUCUGCGUCUGCAGGAAUUACACCUGGUAGGAGGCAGACUGGCGAUGAUUGAGCCCUACUCGUUCCGAGGUCUGAACUACCUGAAGAUUUUAAAUGUGUCUGGGAACUCCCUUAGUACAUUAGAGGAAUCUGCUUUCCAUUCCGUUGGCAACCUGGAAACCCUCGCUCUGUAUGAUAAUCCUUUGGCCUGCGACUGCCGACUGUUAUGGGUUUUCCGAAGACGCUGGAGACUUAACUUCAACAGGCAGCAGCCCACUUGUGCCUCUCCAGAGUUUGUUCAAGGCAAAGAAUUCAAGGACUUCCCAGACGUCCUACAGCCUAACUACUUUACGUGUCGCAAGUCCAGAAUUAGGGAUCGCAAGCCCCAGCAGAAAUUUGUCGACGAGGGAGCCAUUGUUCAUUUCGCUUGCCAAGCAGAUGGCGAUCCUGCUCCAGUGAUAAUGUGGCUAUCCCCAGAAAAGUUUAUCACCACUAAGACAAUUGGAAGGCUCUCUGUGUUGCCAGAUGGUACCCUCGAAGUGCGAUAUGCCCAGAUUCAAGACAAUGGUACAUACGUGUGCAUAGCUAGCAACGCAGGUGGAAAUGACACUUCUCUCGCUCACCUGCACAUCCAUAGCUAUUCGCCUGAUUGGCCACACCAGCCCAACAAGACAUUUGCCUUUAUCUCAAACCAGCCCACAGAAACUGGCGCUAAUGGUACGCGAGCCAACGUCCCUUUCCCCUUUGAUAUAAAGACGCUGAUCAUUGCAACCACGAUGGGCUUCAUCUCUUUUCUCGGUGUCGUCUUGUUUUGCUUGGUACUGCUCUUCCUGUGGAGCAGAGGUAAAGGCAACACUAAACACAACAUUGAAAUUGAGUAUGUGCCACGGAAAUCAGACGCUGGCAUUAGCAGCAGCACAGUGGAUGCUCCUCGCAAGUUUAACAUGAAAAUGAUUUAAUGGAUCUGUGGAAUAUAUGAAUUUUUGAACUAAAAAAUAAGACUAAGGGAAAAGAAGACAUUUUCUUUCCUCUCUUACAAACCUGUGGAUCCUGGUCUGUUAACAUAGAGUAAUAUGUUUUUUUUGUUUUUUUUUCCCUGACUGAAUCACUUGAGAGGACUUGACUUUCUAACGUGAGAGGGAACGAAAGCACACCGAGUGCUGCAGAGCGUCAUUGGUUUCUCUAAGGCCUGGGAGGGCAUUAUCGAAAGGCAGAUUUGUCAUAAUCAGUUCAAUUCAAUGUAUCAGAAAAGAAAAAAAAAAAAAACAUCUUUAAACCGCCAGAAUGUGAGGGGCAGAUCAUAUUUUGGCCAUUGCUGGUUUGUGUCUGUAUUUUUUUUUAAUUUAGUGUUAGUGUUUUUUUUGUCUUUUUUUCCGAAGUUAGUUGUCAAGUUAUAUAUGAGAUUUAUAUGGGUUGAUGAGCACAUUUAAACAAUGUUAACCCAUUUCAAGCACAUCAUUAUCACAACACAUCAGUGUCACAAAUGCUCUGUGCUACAUAUGGUCUUUUUUUUUUUCAUUUCCUUUAGUGUUGACUGUUCUGUAUUUCAUCAGAUGUAUGAGUCUGUGCCACGUUAAAUGAAAGAAAGAGUAUGCCCCAGAAAUUGACAGAAAUAUAUAUAUAUAUAGAUAUAUAUAUAAUUGUACAAUUACAAUUAGUUUAAUAUCAGGAAUACAAAAUUGUAAUGAGUUGAAUUGAAUGUCACAACAACUGUAUUGUGUUUACAUGUGUCAUUCUGCAACACUAAUUUUCCAAAUUGUACACAAAUAUAAGUGCUCCGGAAACACAUAGAUUGAGUAAAUAUAGGAAUGCGUUAGUACAGUUACAGUUUUCAUUACUAAUAACAGUUUUCAGUACUGCAGUGUAAAAAAAAAAAAAAUCCACAAAAAGGUAUGUAAGAAUAAUUUUUACAAAUGUAUUGUUUAAUGUUGAAAAGUAGCAGAAAAUGAAGUUGUUACAUGUGGCUUUUAAUGAGAUUUUUUUUUUAAUCCCUGGAAACAUUCCCUGAUAUACAUGGUCUUUUUCAGCCUGGUAUCUGAUAUCAGUGUCUGCAUCACUCAUCCCUGAUUUUCCUAAUAUAACCUCGACAGUGUAUCCACAUGAACUGAGGGAAGGAUACAGAGGGAAAUGUGAGAUGUUGUUGGUAAUUAGCUGAUGACUACCAGCAAUAGCGGCGGCAUCUUUCCUGAGGUUCUACUGUUUAACUGAAUUGCUGGCAUGGGUACCUUGAUACUAUAAAUGCUAAAUCCCUGACCUUUUUAAAUUGCAUUUCAAAAACUAUUAUGUAAUAGUAUUAUUUUGUGCUCAACAUGAUUGUGACAAAAUUAAAGUUGUGGUGCUCAUGUUUCCUGAUAAAAUGUGCUCCUCAAGCUGUAGAAUAUUUUCUUUUUUUUGUGUUUUUUUUUUUUUUUUUUUAAUUUAGAUUGCUUUUUAAAAAAUUAUUAUUUAUUUAUGCAGAUGCUCCCCCCCUACCACCACCACCACCACCACCAUCAUUAAAGCCAUGGAAAUAAUACCUUCCAGGAUCAUUUACAGGUUUGAUACUCCCCAGAAAUGUGCAGUGAAAUGUUCGUCAGAGGGGGAAAAAAAGAACUGCCACAUGUUAUGCUCCCAGUUGGUCCUGCAUAUAAAAUAUGAGGUUUGCAGCCUUACCUUUUCAAAUACACACUGUGGACAUCUGGGCUUUGCAAACGUGUGUGAGGAUAAAGGCUAAAUUAUUUAUGAUGGAUGACAUUACAGACAACGACACAGUAAUGGGCUGGAAGUAUGGACUGAAUAUGCAGAUGGUUGGAGUUACACAGAUGGUUUCACCCAUGGAGCAAUCUGAAGCAGCUUUGGUGUAAUCCGUUUUGCAUAAAGGAAAAAAAAAAAAAAAAACACUGGAUAUGGCUCAUGGUUCUCCCUCUUGCU